AUGAAGCCAGUACCUCAAGCAACAAUAGAUCACUUCUCAGCGAUACCCUACGCGCAAGCUACGCUCAAUGAUCCCAGAUUUCAGAUCGUCUCGCAAUCAAGGACAGUCACCGAUGACGGCAUUGGCCAUACGCUAAUGGGCAAAACUUGGAAUACCGACGACACGAUCAAACAACUCAUCGUCUUCUCUCGACCCAGCCACUCAAACGCACCACUAGUCUUCCCACAGUCAGAGUCCGAACGCCCAGAAGCCCGCAGAUUCUACACCUUCGGCGGCGACCUCAACGCCCAUCCCGGCCUUCUGCACGGCGGUGUCAUCAGCUGCAUCCUCGACUCGUCGAUGGGCGGUGUGAUCGGGAUGGCUCUCGCGGAACAGAACUUGCCGCCACAGUUUACCGUGCAGUUAAAUGUGACGUACAAGAACCCCAUUCGCACGCCGGGGACUGUGAUGGUUCGAAGUUGGAUUACCAAGAUCGAAGAGGGUGGUAGGAAGGCUUGGGCGAAGGGCGUGAUUGAGAGCGAGGGCGGUGUGGUGCAUGCGCUUGCUGAGGGGAUGUGGUUGCGGGCGAGAGCGAAGAUAUGA